AGAUAUCCCAUCCGAGAGCAAUCGCCCUUGUUUAAUCGGAACUGAAUGUUUAUUAUAGACGCAGCGACACGAACUCAGUCGGAUUAUUAAGGUUGCAUUUCAAUAAAGGGACGCAGCCAUGAGUUCUCUACCGGAGGCCACGCGUUCCCUUGUGCAAGUAUUUAAUGGAAAGCUGCAGACAUUUUCCAAUGAAAUUGAGAAUAUUCACAUGGUAUGGCUGGAGGAGAUUCAGCAAGAAGCCCAUCGCAUGUUCUCCAGUGAUUUUAGCACAGAACCGGAGCUAAUGCCAAAGACUCCAUCACAGAAAAAGACAAAUCGCAGAAAGAGGAUGUCCACAGGGCUCGAUGAAGCUCGCGGGAAAAGACGUUUCUCUAAGGGAAAGCGCAGUAAUCUGCGCCGUUCCUCAGUCCAGAUAGCACUUAACUCGAUCUCGGAGCUGGUAACUUCACAUGCCCCAAGUACCAGUCCUGAACUGGUGGCAGAGGAGCCUGCUCGACGCACUCGUCGUAAUAAAGCCACUACAGCAACAGACUGUGAACCUGUUGGCCGAAGCACUCGCAACAAAGGAGCUGCAAAAGCUAAGGGGCAGAAUGAGGCGAUGGAGGUGGAGGAUGCUCCACAGUCCAAUGUAAUUGCAGGUGAAAUAGAGCACAAGGUAGAGGAGUUGAGCAGCUCUUCGUCUGCUGUGCAAGCACUGGUGUCUGAGGUUGUGGUGAAAAUCCCCUCGUCCCCUCAUUCUGCAGAGACGCUCAAGAGCGUUGUCUCUCCAGGUCGCUCAGCACAGAAGAUUCCUAUUGCAGAUGUUUGCUCACAGGCUUCAUCACGGAGCUCAGCUCGACGCUCUCUGGUGCUGCGCCGCUCUCUGGCUGGCCUCAGACACAGUAUGACCCAGGAAGCAGUGCGGCGUGCCUCUCGACGCUCAUUCUUAAAGAAAAAAGCGAGACUGGGCAAUUCUACAUGUAGCAGCACUGUUAGUGGGGACGUUUCUGUGGAUUUGGAAACCGAGGAGACUGAGGAGAUAAUGGAAAACAGAAUUGAGAAUAUGGUUACUAAGGAAGAACCAGCAGAACCAACUGCUGAAUCCAACACUAAAGCACAGCCAACCAAAUAUGAGGAGCCUGAGCCCAAGAGUCCAGUACUGCUGGAAGUACCAAUGCUGAUUGAAAAAAAGCCAGAGUCUCCAAGUGUUGUGGACAAUUGUCGGUUUACACGCUCCAUGUUUCGAGCCUCAGAAUCAGAUGACGGUAGGAGAAAGUCCCAGGAUGAUGUUCGGUCUUCUCGCUCCGGCUCCAAACGUGCUGCAGCAGGAGCAGCAUUAGAAGCACUCAGCACCCCCAAGAAAAAGCACUCACCACCUAAGAAGUGCCUGACUGGCAUUCCAACUGGCAUGCGCUCUUUCCUGCACACAGUGCAAAAGAACCAGCUGCUCAUGAUGACGCCAAGCUCACUAGGCCGUAACUCGGUCAUAAAAUCCUUCAUAAAACAGGCUGGACAAAGUGCAGUCAAGCUGAGCACUGGCUCAGUGGAGCGGGAGCGACAAAAAUGGGACGCUUUAAACAAGAAGAUUGAGCAAGAAAACGAGAGGAAGAAAAAAAUUGAAGAGGAAAGAAGAAAGAAACAAGAAGAAAUAAAAAAGAAACGGGAUGAGCGCUUGAAACGAGUAGUGGAGGCCCGGGUCAAAGGAGAGAAGGAAAAAGAGCAGGAAAAGAAAAAGAAAAUUGAGGAGAAAAUGGCACAACUAGAAAAGAAAAAUGACCUGCUGCGUGUGGAGCGCCUGGCUGAGGAAAAAGCCAAGAAAAAGGUGGCAUCUAAACGUCAAGAGGAAUUGGAGCUUCGCAAGAAACAGGAAGAAGCAGCCCGAAAGAAAAAACUUCAGCAAGCUGAGGAGGAAGAGCGACGGCAUCAGGAACUGUUGGCCAAACGAAAGGCUGAGGAAGAACGUGAGCGAGCACGUAAGCAGCUGGAAGCUGCCAAAGCUCUGGAGCUCAAAAAGGAGCAAGAGCGUGAGCGAGAACGUGAGCGUGAAAGGCAACGUGAGGAGAGGGAAAGAGAACGUGAAAAACAGGCUGCUGCUGAGAGGGAGAGACUGGAGAAAGAACGAGUGGAGCGGGAGAAGGCCAUUGCCCUUCAGAAGGAACUGGAAAGGGCUGCCAAAGAGAAAGAAAGAAGAGAGCUUGAAGAAAAAAGGAGGAUGGAAGAAGAGCAGGAAAGAGCUGCCCAACAGAAACGUGCAGCUGCAGCAGCUUCUAUGGCUACUGUUCAGACUUCUUCUGUGAACUUGCCAGUCAGCAAAGCCUUCAAUGCCACAAUUACACACAGUCCUGCACUAAAUGUUACUGUUGAUAUUGAGGCAUCAGUCAUGAAGACUCCUGUAGGCAAAGGAGCAGCUCAUAACAUGACCAUAGACAAAGGAACAGGGCUGAAUGUCACUGUUGACGUAGAGCAGUCUCCUCAGUCCUACCAGAUUACACCGAAAGGUUGUAAGAAGGUUGAGGUUUUAGCUAAUCCUGAAGAUUACGGGAUGGACCAGAACAGUGACGACUCAACAGAUGAUGAGUCUGCACCCAGGAAGCCCAUUCCAUCCUGGGCUGAGGGUGUGCAGCUUCAGCAGGCUAUUAUGAAGCAGUAUUAUGACCCACUGGAUCUGGACUCUUACUUUGGAGAUGUUGAGCAACCCAAACUGGAGAAAAUCUUUCAAAGGAGCAAACCACGCUUCUUUAAACGCACAAGCUCUGCUGUAUGGCAUUCUCCUCCGCGCAUGGGUGCUUUUCCCAAUUAGUUGGGCAAUGUGUCUCUUAGCUUAUGUCUUUUUAUGUGUAAACAUUUUAGAUUUGUCGUAUAAACUUGGAUUUAAAUUUAAUAAAGCGCUAUAAAAAUGUAUAAGAAGCUUAAUGCAGAAAGCAUUAGACUUUGCUAAUUGAAAAAGGGUUUCACACAAUUGCUGUAAGAUUUAAAGUGCACACAUUUCCUCCCUACAGUAUUUUUUAAUACUGUUAGUCCUGAUAAGUUACAAAGCCCUCUUUACACUUGGUAUCUGGAUUUCACACUUGCUGCUAUCAACCUGAAAUGGUCACAGGAUAGCUGCUUUGUCCCAAAUUCUUACAAAAUAUCUGUGUGUAUAUAACUUCUCUGUACUCUCAAGUCCACUUUUCUUAAUGUUGGUUUUAACUGUUAAAAUGAAAAGAUGUUUGUAAUUAAA